AUGGUUGGUUCCAUGUUUCAAUUGGAUUUAUCGUUAGACAGCUCAAUAUAUCAAUGCUCCGAAAAGCUAAUGUCUAGCAAAAUCCUUUUCAGUUACGAUUUCUGGUCUAAAGUCGAACUUUUUCCUCUCUUUGCCAAACUUGCUGAUCGAUUAUGUAGGGUUACUGAUCCAGUUCUUGCCAAACAGUAUGCAGAACAGUUUUCCUUCUUCACUCGCUGUGUGACUGAAUGUCUUUACAACGAGAAUUUUGAUAUCACUGUAUCGAAGGUUCUUAAGUUGUCUAGAGGAGUGCUAGAGAAGUUACCCUCUUCUUCCAGAGACAAAACAUUUUAUAAGACUAAGGACAAAGUUUAUGGUUCGACCAUGAAUCUUCUUAGACAAGUUAUUCCUUUGGAGCAGGUGAAUUUCACCACUAAGGAAAGCAUCUUGGAGUACUGUUUUGAAAUUGUUGACCGAUCUGAGUACUACUCCCAUUUGGGCAAUGUUCAACUUCUUUCAACUUUGCUAAAGGAGUAUACUAGUAUAACUGUGGAAGACUGUCACAGAAUUCUACAGAUAAUUAGACUAAUCUGGCAAGAGUUAAUUAAGGACAGGUUAGUGAUGAAGCAAAGAGAUCUUCAUCACAAAUUCAUCCAACUUCUAAUGAGCAAUGUGUUUUUGAAGUUUUCAAUAACGGAUAAGAUCCUAGCUGAUGAUAUAUUUGAUAUUGCUAGCCAAAUUAUUGAUAACUCCUCUGUCAGAAAGUCGCUCUUACCAACUCUUUUCAAGUGUGUUUCUGACUAUCAGGUGGAGAAUAGUGAGAGUUUUGAGAAAGCAUACUGGCUGGGUCGAUUGCUGGUCAAAGGAGCAUUUUUAUAUCAAAGUGAUGAUAGUAUCUUCCUUAUGGAUAAUGUGUUGGCUCGUGAGUAUGAUAAGUAUUUCAAUAUGGGCGAUAAAGGUGUCUACGAACAGGUUUAUGGAUGGCCCGAGUUCUGCUAUAGAAUUUGGAUUAAGGCCGUUGUAUCAUCAAUUAAAUCACAUCAGUUUGCUUUGACACUGUGGGAUUACAUUCUAGCCAAUGAUCAAGUAUUUCACUUAAUUCAGCCCGUUAAGAGAACUGACCACAAGGAGCAAUGGAAGAGACUCCAGUUACUUGCACUUAUGCUCUCAACCUUGGACAUAAUGGAUACAGUCAAGUUGAAGUACUAUAUGGACAAGUAUCUUUUGCCGCGUAUUUUUAAGGAGGCUUCGCCACUUUGCCGUGUUUAUAUAGAAUGGAUGAUAUCGUUAAUGGGAUACAAGCAUGCUGAGUUCAGGACAUAUUUUCAGGAAUCAUUUCGGGAAUCUGUUCAGGAGCAGCAUCCGAUGGCAAUCUCGAUUUAUGAGAGAAGCGUGGUUCUUAUUGCCAAGCAAAUGCCAAGGGUACAGGAGAGUAAACUGCUGACCAAAUUCUUAGUGGAUGUUGUUGUGCCAUCUGCCACAUCUAACAGAGCCCUAACUAGGCACUUCUCAAGUUCUAUGGCGGGUGUCAUCUUGAACGAGAUUACAGCCAAAAGGUUGGAGAUUCCUCCAGUUUUGUUAUCUGCAUUAGAAAAUAUUGAUAAGGUUGCGCAGAUGGCCGCCAGUUACGGCCGCUUUAGAUCGGGCAAUGCUAUGCUGUGGGAUAUAACAGACGAUUUAACAUUAUCAGGGAUCAACGGAGGAGUUUUAUUGAAGAUAUCUGACCGAGAGAUCGAUGCCAUCUACGAGAAAAGUUGGAAAAAGUAUCUAUCAUUGGAUCAACGGUCAAUCUUGAGGUUGCCUAUUGGCCAUGAUCAGCCAGAUAGGUGGGUGAAAGAGAAAAGAAACACUAAAAUCAAAUUGGAUGCAUAUGCGGGACGCGAAGAAGAUUCUUCAAUGCUACAAACUAAGAGUGGAGUGUGGUCCACUGUUAUGGAGACAGACUCUAACAUCAGAGCAGUCUCAAAUAUCAAAAGGUCUCCCUUAAUUGUACUGGCAUCCUUAGUGGAUAAGCCACCUAAUAUUGGUGGCAUAUGUAGAUUGUGUGACUGCCUUGGAGCAGGUUGGAUGACUGUUAAUGAUAUUAAUGUGAAAGAGAGGACAGAGUUUCUAAGUGUUGCAGUGACGGCGGAGAGAUGGAUGCCGAUACUGGAAGUUAAUGUAGAUAAAAUUAUCGAAUUCUUGAGAUUGAAGAAGAAGAAGGAAGGAUAUACAUUGGUGGGUCUAGAGCAGACAGACAAUUCCGUGGAGUUGAAUAGUGAACUUAAGUUCCCAGAGAAGUCACUUAUUGUACUUGGCAAAGAGAAAAACGGCAUCCCAGCGAACAUCUUGGACGAAUUGGACAUCUGUGUGAUCAUCAAGCAGACUGGAGUGGUGAGAUCUAUGAACAUUCAAACGGCCACCGCUGUAAUUGUGCAAGCCUAUUCUGCUCAGCACUGUUAA